AACAAGAAGGAAGAAAGGAUAAGUUGGAAAAAGAUAUAAGCGAACUAUCGCAGCAAGUCCAAAGCAUGAGUAUCAACUACGCCAGACUUACGGCUUUGUUAACAACCCAAGUUGAAUCAAGUACCUCACGACCUAGAGCGACUAAUAGGACGAAUAAUACGGUAACUUGUUUUAAAUGUGGCGAAAAAGGCCACUACGCAAGAGAUUGCCUUUCGGAAAAAGAACCACAAGUACAAAAAUCCACUCAGCCCACUAGGAUCACAAACCGCGAAACCGAAGCACAUUACAGUGGAGUUAAUGACGGCUAUAGUUAUGAAAGAGAGAUGUAUACUAUCGAUAAUAGAUACCAACCUUACGAUAAAGAAAAUAGAGAACAAUUUCAACCUAAUUCAGAAUCGCAAUGGGAAGGACGGUUAAGAAAUAAAACAACU